GGUCUUUCAUUAAUCGUUAAAUAUUUUGUUUAAUUACCGUUGAACAAGACCAUUCAACGCAGGACAAAGAAAAAAAAAAGAUUCUAAACAAGAGAGCCAUGGAUCCUCCAAGUCAAGUCAAUGAAGACAGUGAAAUAAUACCAGACCAAGAAGAAGAAGCAGCUCUGUUGCUCCUAAAAAAAGUGACCCCACCAAUCCUUCUGAAGGAAUCAGCAGGUGAUAACUCUUGCUCUAUCUUCAGAAUCCCUCACACUCUUGGGCGAGCCAACAACACAGCUUAUGCACCCAAGAUAGUCUCGAUAGGCCCUUAUCACCAUCCUGAUGACAAAGAACAUGGACAUCUCAAGAUGAUCGAGGAGCACAAGCAGCGUUAUCUGGAGUUAUUCGUGUCAAAGACCAAGGAGAAUGGCGUCAGUCUUAGUCACUUAGUCAAAGUAGUCUCGGAUAUGGAACCGAAGAUAAGAGAUUCUUAUUCCGAGAAUCUUGAACUUAGUCAAGAAAAGCUGACCAGGGUGAUGCUUCUUGAUAGUUGUUUCAUUCUUAUGCUAUUUCUUGUGGUCACGAGAGAGUUUGAGUACAAGAACUUCACCGACCCUAUUUUCAAGAUGAGAUGGAUACUGCCUACUAUUCGGAGUGAUCUUCUCCUUCUCGAAAACCAGGUUCCUCUCUUUCUUCUUAAUAAAAUUUUAGAGACAUCAAAGUUAGCUUCAUCCACAAGCUUAAACGAGAUGGCCUUCGAGUUCUUCAGCUAUUCGAUAAGAAAACCAGACGCAUUCUGGGAGAAACAUAAGAAUCUUCGGGCAAAACAUCUUCUUGAUCUCAUUCGCAAGACUUUCAUACCCAUCGUGUCUCCACCAACCACCCAAAGACAUUGCUGCAUCGAUAUUUCAAGUGGUUUUGGUGGAAAAACAAGACCAACUACACUCAAAAACACUUGUUCAAGUAAGAAAGGCAGUUCAAAGGAGAGCACUGGAGCACAAACGUCACCACCUCCCAGCCCUUUUCUUGGACUAAUUGUCUCAGCCAAGAAGCUUCGUCUCCGAGGAAUAAAAUUCAAGCGGAGGAAGGAUGUAGACACGCCGUUAGACAUAAGUUUCAAGAACGGUUUGCUUGAGAUACCAUUACUAGUCUUUGAUGAUUUUAUGAGCUCUGUUUUAAUCAACUGCGUCGCCUUCGAGCAGUUCAACAUGAGAUGCUCAACUGAGAUCACAAGCUACGUAGUUUUCAUGGGUUGUCUGAUAAACAUAGAAGAGGAUGCAACUUUCUUAGUGGAGAAAGGGAUCAUAGAGAACUACUUCGGGACGGGUGAACAAGUUUCUCUCUUCUUCAAGAACAUCGGGAAAGACAUCUCGUUCAGCAUAUCUAAGAGUUAUUUAUCAAAGGUGUUUGAGAGAGUGAACAAGUACGCUUCAAAAGGAUGCCAUGUACACUGGGCUGGGUUCAAGUACACACAUUUCAACACUCCAUGGACGUUUUUAUCAUCUUGUGCUGCUUUGCUGCUGCUUCUACUUACCAUAUUCCAAGCCUUCUUUGCAGCCUUCGCUUAUUUUCGUCCUCCCAAGAACAAUUGAACGGGAAAACUGGAAGAUCUCUUUUUCUCAGAGUGAUAUUGAUCGAAUAGUUAAACUGAAACCUGCUUGGGGAGCGAAUGAUACCUACGAAUGGGUUCAUGGUCUGGUUGUUUUACUGUGAAGUCGGAUUACUGGUUGGCGAGUGUGCUAGAUCAAUCAGAUGUCCGUAGAAAGGCUGUGGCAAGGCUUUCUUUUAAUGUCUUAAAACAGCAGAGUGUGGAAAGUGGAUACUGCACCCAAGAUACGUAAUUUUAUGUGGAAGGCUCUCUCGAACGCACUGGCGGUGAGUGACGAGCUUUUGGCUAGGGGUCUCUGCCGUGGAGGAUGCUUCUCCAGCCAUGCGAGCAUGAUGAUGACGCUGGAGUUUCCAAGAAGCCUUUGUUUCUGCAAUACUUUCCGGUAAGUGCUUAGCCAAUAGGCAGUCCGGCUUAGUUAGGAUCCUCCACUAUAUCUUAGCUAGGAAAGCUUGAUUAAAAUCUUGAAGAUGCUCUUGGCUAACUUUUACCGAUAGAAUAUGUAAAGAUAUUGUGAUUUUCGGGUUUGAUAUUCUGAAAUUUAUUGAUGUCUUAAUCGUACUAACCCGUAACUGAGACGAGUAUAGGCAUAGCAAGUUCACAACAACGAAAAGAAAAUACAAGAAACAAAUUUGGUAAAAAUCAAACUAAUUGUUCCUUACGAAUUCUAAUUUAGUUUGAGUCGUUAGACGACGUGCUGUCUCCCAAGUCAAAGUCUUCUACUGCGUUAAAUUUAGUGUGUGGUGGUGUGUAAGGCCGCCGCCGCCUUGGCGCUGCAAUAAAUAUUCUUCCUGCAAUUGCACCAAGUGUGUCACGGCAACAUCAAUUUUUGUUAGUCUUGCCAGUACAUCAAGAAAGAUGCCUUUUGAUGGCAUGCUAAUUCAUAUGGCAUAUUCGCAUUUGAAAGUUAAAAAAAAAUAACCGUAACUGUAUUUUUGAUGGCAUGCUAAUUCAUAUUCACAUGUUCGCAUUUGAAAGUAAA